GGCGGAACGGGAGCCCGAGGUGGCUUCAUUGCUGUCGCCGGCGCCGCAGCAGCGAGAGCUCCUCGGCUCUGCAGAGACGCUCGCUCACCUCGGCUUUCCCCAACGAACGCCCCCCCCGGGACGGCACCCAACUGCCACCGGCGCCCGCAUCUGGAUUUGGCGGCGAGAUACUUGGUAUUGGAAGGCGCGGGGCCCGGGGCCAUCCAGGUCGUGGGCACCGAGCAUCCGAGGAACAUGGGAACCGGAGUCCCGGCCUCGGAGCAGAUCAGCUGUGCCAAAGGAGAGGCUCGUUGCCCUGAGGAUACCGGAGGCACCGAGGCCGUGCACGUUCCAGACUGCGAGAGUCCUGAGGCCAGUGGAUCCCCGAAUGAGCCAGGCUCCUGUGAUCCAGAGGACUCUGGGCAGCUGAUGGCCUCCUAUGAGGGUACAGCCCGGGGCUACCGGGUACCUCCCUUUGGCUGGCGCAUCUGCCUGGCUCAUGAGUUUGCCGAGAAGAGGAAACCCUUUCAAGCUAACAACGUCUCCCUUAGCAACCUGAUAAAGCAUCUGGGCAUGGGUUUGAGGUACUUGAAGUGGUGGUACCGGAAGACACAGGUGGAAAAGAAGACUCCUUUCAUCGACAUGUUCAAUUGUGUGCCCCUGAGACAGAUCUACGGUUGUCCCUUGGGUGGCAUUGGGGGCGGCACGAUCACCCGUGGCUGGAGAGGUCAGUUCUGUCGUUGGCAGCUUGAUCCUGGAAUGUACCAGCACCGCACAGUCAUCGCUGACCAAUUCACAGUGUGCUUGCGUCGGGAGGGGAGGACGGUGUACCAGCAAGUCCUGUCCCUGGAGCGCCCGAGUGUCCUGCGCAGCUGGAACUGGGGCCUGUGUGGGUACUUUGCUUUCUACCACGCCCUCUAUCCCCGAGCCUGGACUGUCUAUCAGCUUCCUGGCCAGAACGUCACCCUCACCUGCCGCCAGAUCACACCGAUCCUGCCCCACGACUACCAGGACAGCUGCCUGCCUGUAGGAGUCUUUGUGUGGGACGUGGAAAACGAAGGGGACGAAGCUCUGGAUGUGUCCAUCAUGUUCUCCAUGCGGAAUGGACUAGGGGAUGGAGACGAUGCCACAGGGGGUCUGUGGAAUGAGCCCUUCUGUCUGGAGCGAGAUGGGCAGACCGUCCAGGGGCUGCUGCUACACCAUCCAACUGUUCCGAAUCCCUACACAAUGGCUGUGGCUGCGCGCCUCACGGCAGACACCACGGUCACCCACAUCACAGCCUUUGACCCUGAUGGCACUGGGCAGCAGGUGUGGCAGGAUCUACUUCAGGAUGGACAGCUGGACUCCCCUGCUGGACAAAGCACUCCUUCCCAGAAAGGAGUGGGCGUCGCUGGAGCUGUCUGUGUUUCCAGCAAGCUGCCACCGCGAGGCCAGUGCCGCCUAGAGUUUUCACUGGCUUGGGACAUGCCCAAGAUCAUGUUUGGAGCUAAGGGCCAAGUCUACCACAGGCGGUACACAAGAUUCUUUGGCCCAGAUGGUGAUGCAGCACCUGCCCUUAGCCACUAUGCACUGUGCCGAUAUGCAGACUGGGAAGACAGGAUCUCAGCCUGGCAGAGCCCGGUACUGGAUGACAGAUCCUUGCCUGCCUGGUACAAAUCUGCACUAUUCAAUGAACUAUACUUCGUGGCCGAUGGAGGCACAGUGUGGCUGGAAGUUCCUGAGGACUCCCUCCCAGAGGAGCUGGAAGGGGGCAUGUGUCAGCUGCGCCCCAUCCUACGUGACUACGGUCGAUUUGGCUACCUUGAGGGCCAGGAGUAUCGCAUGUACAACACAUAUGAUGUCCACUUUUACGCUUCCUUUGCCCUCAUCAUGCUCUGGCCCAAACUCGAGCUCAGUCUACAGUAUGACAUGGCUCUGGCCACUCUGAAGGAGGACCUGACACGGCGACGGUACCUGAUGAGUGGGGUGAUGGGACCUGUGAAAAGGAAGAAUGUCAUCCCCCAUGAUGUUGGGGACCCAGAUGAUGAGCCGUGGCUCCGGAUCAAUGCAUACUUGAUCCACGACACAGCUGACUGGAAGGACCUGAACCUGAAGUUUGUGUUGCAAGUGUACCGGGACUAUUACCUGACGGGUGACCAAAGCUUCCUGAAGGACAUGUGGCCUGUGUGUCUAGCUGUGAUGGAGUCGGAGAUGAAGUUUGACAAGGACCACGAUGGACUCAUUGAGAAUGGAGGCUAUGCAGACCAGACCUACGAUGGAUGGGUCACCACCGGCCCCAGUGCCUACUGUGGAGGGCUGUGGCUGGCGGCGGUGGCUGUGAUGGUCCAGGUGGCUGCUCUUUGUGGGGCCCAGGACAUGCAGGAUAAGUUUGCUCGCAUCCUCCGCCGGGGCCAAGAAGCCUAUGAGAGACUGCUAUGGAACGGCCGCUAUUACAACUAUGACAGCAGCUCUCAGCCUCAGUCUCGUAGUGUCAUGUCUGACCAGUGCGCUGGACAGUGGUUCCUGAGGGCCUGUGGCCUAGGAGAAGGAGACACUGAGGUGUUUCCCACUCCACACGUGGUCCGUGCGCUCCAAACGAUCUUCGAACUCAAUGUCCAGGCCUUCGCAGGAGGGGGAAUGGGGGCCGUGAAUGGGAUGCAGCCCCAUGGUGUGCCCGAUAGAUCCAGUGUGCAGUCUGAUGAAGUCUGGGUGGGUGUGGUCUACGGGCUAGCAGCCACCAUGAUCCAAGAGGGCCUGACUCGGGAGGGCUUCCUGACAGCUGAAGGCUGCUACCGAACCGUGUGGGAGCGCCUGGGCCUGGCCUUCCAGACCCCAGAGGCAUACUGCCAGCAGCGUGUAUUCCGCUCGCUGGCCUACAUGCGGCCACUGAGCAUCUGGGCCAUGCAGCUGGCCCUGCAACAACAGCAGGAGAAAAAGGCCUCCAGGCAAACAGUUGGACAGGACAGAGGACUAAGCAAAGGGGCUAAAUCUGGACCAAAGGAAUUGCCUUAGUAAACCUGAGCCCA